UCCGCCAGGCUAUUACUUUCGGCCAGGCUCCGGUUCGGGCAAGGACUCGUGGCACGUGCUUCUGCCGUACGGCGGAUGGUGCACGACGCCCGCGGAGUGCAAGUGGCGCGCCAAGAACUUCAACUCGGGUUCCACGAAGCCGGAACUGCAGGCCUCCAACCCUUUCAACAACGCCUCGCAGGGGUACCGCGGAAUUUUAAGUGUGAACAAGGCGGAAAAUCCACGGUUUUACAAUUGGAACUUAGUGAUGCCAGUGUAUUGCGACGGGGGUGGAUUCGCGGGCCGCGCGGGGUUCAAGAACGUGAGCGGAAGCGAAGGAGUGUACCUUUCGGGUUGGAACAUCAUCAAAGCCGUCCUCACAGACGUGACCGACCGGCGCGGGCUGAAGACGGCGUCGCAGGUGCUGCUGUCGGGGGUGUCGGCGGGAGCAGAGGCGGUGGUGACUCUGUGCGACCAGCUGCCCGCCCUCGUGCCCUCCGCCAAAACCACCAAGUGCCUCAUGGACUCGGGCUUCUUCCUCGAUGCGUUGGACAGGAAGAAGAAGCACGCAUUCAAGAAAACCAUUAUCCGGAUGGCAGCGCUGCAUGAUUUCAUCGGCAACCCGAGAUGCGCCAGAG